ACCUAAAAGGCUAUGGCGGCAGGAGUACUUCUUCACGGCAUUGGCGUGAAGCUCCGCGUCCAUGGCAGCCAGGGUUAGGUUCCAAUGCGCUUGGCGCCGCCGCCGGAUCUCCCCCACUUCUCUCCCUCUCCUUAGGGCCGCGAUGGAUCCAGCGGCAGCAGCUCUGGAUCAUCCGCCAAUUCCUGUCUACUCCACGGCGGCGCGGCGAUCGCUCAGCCAGGCCAACGGCGGUGGCGACGAAUUGCGGCCGCAUCACAAGCCUCUCAGCCUGUGGCCGGGUAUGUACCACUCGCCAGUGACCGCCGCGCUGUGGAAUGCGCGCUCCACGCUGCUGGAGAGGGCCGUGAAUUCGUCAAACGAUGGGCCUUCGCAGGUCAAUCUUCUCACGCGGGCUCCCGGCGAGAGCCGCACUAGCGUGCUCUACAACUUCGUGUCCGACGUUGCUCUUCGGGAGCAGUAUAGGAAUCCCUGGAACAACAUCCGGAUGGGCAAGCUCAUGGAGGAUCUGGAUGCUCUGGCCGGGACGAUUGCCAUGAAGCAUUGUGCCGAUGAUGAUAGCACGACGAGGCCACUGCUUCUAGUCACAGCAUCGGUGGACAAAGUGAGCUUGAAGAAGCCUUUGCGUGUCGAUGUCGAUCUAAAGCUGGCUGGCGCGGUUGCAUGGGUCGGGAGAUCGUCCAUGAAGAUCCAAAUGCAAGUCAUCCAGCCUGCAACAGAUAUUGUCACCGACGAGUCGCUCGCGCUCGUCGCAAACUUCACGUUCGUUGCCCGCGACUCCAAGACUCAAAAGUCGGCACCCGUGAACCAUCUCUCGCCGGAGACCGACGAAGAGAAGGCGCUGUUUGCCGCGACCGAGCAGCUCGAGCUGAAACGAAAGCAAGCCCGGUCGAAGCAGCCCGACCAAGCCGACGACCAGAGAGUGCAGCAGUUGCUGGCAGAGGCUCGGGUGUUGACCGACAUGCCGGCUCUGGCGGACAAGAACAGCAUACUCAUCCAGCACACCAAGCUGGAGAAUGCGAUCAUCUGCCAGCCCCAGCAGCGCAAUCUACACGGCCGGAUAUUUGGAGGAUUUCUCAUGCGCAGAGCGUUCGAGCUGGCGUUUUCUACGUGCUACGUAUUCGGGGGGCACAGGCCAGUGUUCCUGGAGGUGGAUCACGUCGACUUCCUUCGUCCGGUUGAUGUGGGUGAUUUCCUGCGCUUUAGAUCCUGCGUGCUGUACACCGAGGAAGAGAACUCCGCGCGGCCGAAGAUUCACGUCGAGGUGAAGGCCAUCGUAACGCAACCCGAGUCACGAUCGUCACAGGUGUCAAACACAUUCCAUUUUACUUUCACGUUAGACACGUCGAGCUCCAAAUCCGGGGACAUGGUCGUACGGAGAGUGCUACCUUCGACCGAGGAGGAGGCACGACGUUGUGUUUCGAGGUACGACGCGGAUCACUAGCGACCGUGCCGGUCUAGAGUGGAAAGUUACAACACAAUGAGCGUAGGUUCGCCAUCUUUUCUGACGUGCAUGUACAGAAAGUGUGCCAACUUUCUACUCCUUUAAUCAUCAUCUAUUUUUUCUAACC